UUUACGCCCGACGCGAAGGUGACCGGCCCGAGGAGAGGAAGCGUCUCUGCCGCCGCCAUGUUGUCCGUGGCCGCCCGCUCCGGCCCCUUCGCCCCUGCCCUGUCGGCUGUGGCGCACGCCGUGCCGGGCCCGCUGAAGCCGCUGGCGCUGGGCCUGCCCCUGGCGGCCGCCAAGCUGCCGGCGCUGGAUCCGAAGCGGCCCCUGCUAUGCCGGGAGUCGCUGAGCGGGCAGGCCGCCCGCGGGGGGCUCGUCGCCUCGGCCAGCCUCAACGCUCCUGCUACUGUUCGUUACAUGCACAAUGAUGUCACGGUGCCCGACUUCUCUGAUUACCGACGCCCUGAGGUAAUUGACAGCACAAAAUCGUCUCAAGACAGCAGUGAAGCCAGGAAAGUGUUCUCCUAUUUUCUCACAGCAUCAACCUGCGUGGCCUCUGCCUAUGUUGCUAAGAAUGUUGUCACGCAGUUUGUCUCCAGCAUGAGUGCUUCUGCCGAUGUGCUAGCCAUGUCGAAGAUCGAGAUCAAGCUGUCCGAUAUCCCGGAAGGCAAGAAUAUGGCUUUCAAAUGGCGUGGGAAGCCCCUGUUUGUGCGUCACAGAACCCAAAAAGAGAUAGAUCAAGAAGCCCAAGUCCCUUUGACUGAAUUAAGAGACCCACAGCAUGAUUUAGACAGGGUAAAGAAACCUGAGUGGGUUAUCCUGAUAGGUGUCUGCACCCAUCUCGGUUGCGUACCCAUUGCAAACGCUGGAGAUUUUGGUGGUUAUUACUGCCCUUGCCAUGGGUCACAUUAUGAUGCAUCUGGUAGGAUCCGAAGAGGCCCAGCUCCACUAAACCUUGAGGUCCCCGACUAUGAAUUUACUUCUGAGGACUUAGUUAUUGUGGGUUGAAUUGAUGGUUACCAGGCUCCUUCUCUCGUGUAUUUAUGCCAGCGGCUGACGUAAUGUAAGAACCAGCUGAAUUGUAAGGUAUUGCAAACUGUCCAAACUCGCUGUUCAAUGAUUUGAGCAUUUGGUCCGUUUCAAUAAAGGAUUAAACCGA